AUGGACAACAUGUCCCCCAUUAGGGUCAUCGCCAACGAGACAACCCCAGAGGAGGGAGUUGGCGACUUUGCGGCAUUUCAGGCCCUGAGCGCCACGAACAUCCGGUGCACUACAAGCACCCCGACGACUGGACCAGAGACCAGUCCUACACCCAGUCCGAACUCCUCCAAAUACCCACACAAAGUCGGCCACCGGGGCUACGUUUGCCUUCCCGCAAAUGUAGCCUUGAAAGUCUGUCAAAAUAUUGUCCAGUAUCACCGCACGGGCACCUAUCCGCCUCAGCAUACCGUCUGUCUACAAUGGCCUCCAGCGCGGUUAAUUGCAAGACUUUCUUCUUGCUCAAGUCAGAUCAUGAAGCUUCAUUUCCCUUCGACGUUUAAAGUUAAGCAUCUCAUGAAGCAUGCCAUCAAGCAGUACAACAGCGGUGUGUUGACCCCCAACGAUCCGGGUGCGGCCGAAAUCCUCCAGGGGGGGCAACUGCUUCAACAACUCGAAAGAGCUACCAUUAUCGCGGCUACAUUCCCGCCCGUAUCCUGCGCUCUUUGCUCGAGCGUCCCGGCUCCGCACAACAUUCUCAACUCCAAACCAUCAGUCUUUCCCUUGACGAGUUCAUCCGUCGUCAUCCCUCGCGCCGCUCGGGAUAAUAAUCCUCACUGA